GUUCGCGCGCCCCUCGUACUCUCACGAUCUCUCGUCGUCUCGUUGCACUGUGUGCGCGAUCAGUUCAACCCUCGACGUCCUCCUGGACGAACCCCGCCGAGCUCUUCGAUUCCUGUUCUCGCGUCUUUGCUUCUCUCUUCGCUUCCAAAUAUCUCGCCCUGUCUGCGAUUCUCCGCGGGAGAAAGAUGGGGAGAACGCUGCCGACGCCGGUUGCUUGCAAGGUUUGUGGCGACCGAUCUUACGGGAAACAUUACGGAGUUUACUGUUGCGACGGUUGUUCGUGUUUCUUCAAGCGGUCGGUGCGUCGCGGCGCCCUAUUCACCUGCAUAGCCGGAACCGGAGCGUGCUUCGUCGACAAAGCGAGACGCAAUUGGUGUCCGUAUUGCCGCCUGAACAAGUGCUUUACCGUUGGCAUGAACACGGCAGCCGUUCAGGAAGAGAGAGGACCGCGCGUACGAAACAAGAUCGCAUCCGUCGCGCGUCAUUUCUCUCGUGCAUCGUCGUCGCCACCGCCGCCGCCGCCACCGCCACCGCCACCGCCACCGCCACCGCCGUUGGUAUCUCUUUCAUCGUCUUUGGAUCCAGGAAUCGUAGCACCGAUUCUAAUCGCAAAGGAGACGGCCGUCGCUGCAAACCCAACGAUGCGAUAUCACGCGACCGACGUUAACGUCGAUAACGGACUCUCUUUCUCGUCGAUGAGACGGAUCCUCUAUUCUCCUCGAGUGCCUACGAAUCUUGUGGCUGGUAAACGAAAUCGCAGAGUAGAACGGUCGCAUGGUAGAAACGGAGACACGAUACGAUACGAAGUGGCGGCACGGAUAUUCUUCGCGACCGUGCGAGCCGCUCGCCAACAUCGAGAGUUCUCGAUGCUCGCUUUCGACGAGCAGAAUAAGAUUCUUCGAAGAGGAUGGGCUGCGGCGUUCGUUCUGCGAGCUGCGAUCUGGCCGGUCGAUUUGACUAAUUUUCCGAAAACGAGCCUCUCGGCUGACGGACACGGUGACAACACCGAGCACCGUCACCAUCGCGCUGUAUCCGCGGCAAGAGCCACCAUCUCUAAUUUGCGUCCCGAUCGAGUCGAGCUCUCGAUUCUGGAAACCUUGAUCCUCUGUCGACCCGAGAUCGCCGAGACGACGAACGGCAUACGUUUGACGUCGCGAGCAACGGACACCGCGGUGGACGCUCUGGUUCGACAUCUUGCUGGUAGAACCGAAUCGUCGGCCAGGAUGGCCAAACUUAUGCUCGUGCUUCCCAUCUUGACAGGAUCCUGCCCCCGGGAACUAGCCAACGAUCUUUUCGCACCUAUUAUCGGUGACGUGGACCUCGAAAAAGUGAUCGCGUCUGUGCGCUGACUCGAUCGUUCGUUCCACCGUGUUCGUGUAUCUU